UCGUCGGGAAGGCGGCGGGCUAUCCGGUCCUCGGCUGCGGCUGGCACCAUGGUCGGUGGCGAGGCAGCCGCCGCAGUGGAGGAGCUGGUCUCGGGGGUGCGGCAGGCGGCCGACUUCGCGGAGCAGUUCCGCUCCUACUCAGAGAGCGAGAAGCAAUGGAAGGCCCGCAUGGAAUUCAUCCUGCGCCACCUGCCCGACUACCGCGACCCGCCUGACGGCGGUGGCCGCCUGGACCAGCUGCUGUCCCUCUCCAUGGUUUGGGCCAACCACCUCUUCCUGGGCUGCAGUUACAAUAAAGACCUUUUAGACAAGGUGAUGGAAAUGGCUGAUGGGAUUGAAGUGGAAGACCUGCCACAAUUUACUACCAGAAGUGAAUUAAUGAAAAAGCAUCAAAGCUAAGCCAGAAGAUUUAUCACAUUUCCAUCAUCAGCUACAGGAUUAGAAAGGAGGCUGGGAUGAAUGUGACAUAGACCACAGCAGCUCUCUUAAGACUCCUGGUAUUACCAACAUAAAGAGGGAGGUGGAAUGAGAAGGACUCUGUCUAGAUUGGCUUUUUUAACAUUCUCAUUUUUCCAGUAGUUAUCACUGUAAAAGUAUGCAUGAAUAUUUAUGUAUUUAUAAAUCAUGCACUCUAAGAUGAGUUCAUCAGCAUUGUAAAAGCCCUCUUUUCUAUUUCCAGUUUUGGGUUUUUUUUUUCUUACCGACAAGGUCUCACUCUUGCCCUGGCAGGAAUACAAAGGUGCAGUAUUGGCUCAUUGCAGCCUUGAACUCCUGGGCUCCUAUUUUCAGUUUUUUUCUUUUUCUUUUUCUUUUUUUUUUUUUUUGAGAUGGAGUCUUGCUCUGUCGCCCAGGCUGGAUUGCAGUGUGGUGCGAUAUGUUUUAAGUUUUUAAAUGUCAGAAUUUUUGUUUAAAAUGCCUUUUGGGGCUGGGCGAAGUGGCUUACGCUUGUAGUAAUCCCAGCACUUUGGGAGGCUGAGGUAGGCAGAUCACCUGAGGUAAACUGACAGCCAGCCUGGCCAACAUGGUAAAACCCAUCUCUACUAAAAAUACAAAAAAAAAAAAAAAAAAAAAAAAAAUUAGCUGGGGCUGGUGGCGGCCAUCUGCAAUCCCAGCUACCUGGGAGGCUGAGGCAGGAGAAUUGCUUGAACCUGGGAGGCGGAGGUUGCGGUGAGCCAGGAUCGCACCAUUGUCACUCCAGUGACAAAAGUGAAACAUUGUCUCAAAGAAAGAAACGUAAUAAAAUGCCUUUUUGUGGUUGAUGUAA